AUGGCCGCGCACAAGACUUUUCGAAUUAAAAUGAAAUUGGCAAAAAAGCAAAAGCAGAACAGGCCUGUCCCCCAGUGGGUUAGGAUGAAAACCGGCAACACGAUUCGUUACAAUUCGAAGAGGAGACAUUGGAAGAGGACCAAGCUAAAGUUGUAA